ACGGUUCUCUCAUUUCUGUCCUUCCAUUUGUCAUCUCAUUUGCUCUCUGUGAUUCUAAUUCGACGAACCCAAAAUGAGUUGGUGGUGGGCUGGUGCAAUCGGCGCUGCUAAGAAGAAAUUCGAGGAAGAUGAAGCACCACGAAGCUACCAGAGUGUGGCACUCGUGGUGGGGGUGACCGGAAUCGUGGGGAACAGCUUAGCAGAAAUAUUACCGUUGUCGGACACCCCUGGUGGUCCGUGGAAAGUGUAUGGUGUUGCGCGGCGGCCCAGGCCCAACUGGAACGCCGAUCACCCGAUCGAGUACGUUCAGUGCGAUGUAUUAGAUCAGGCUGACACCGAUGCCAAACUCUCCCGGCUGACUGACGUUACCCACAUCUUCUAUGUCACCUGGGCCAGCCGAUCUACGGAGGAAGAGAACUGUGAAGCCAACGGCGCCAUGCUCCGUAACGUGCUGCGCGCGGUGAUCCCCAACGCGCCAAAUCUCCAACACAUCUGCCUACAAACAGGGUCCAAACACUAUGUUGGGCCGUUCGAAUCGUUCGGAAAGAUCGAGUUCCACGAUCCGCCUUUCACGGAGGACAUGCCCAGGCUAAAGGUGCCCAAUUUUUACUACAUCCAAGAGGAUAUUCUGUUCGAAGAGGUGGAGAAAAAGAAGGGAUUGACCUGGUCGGUGCACCGGCCGGAUACAAUUUGGGGGUUUUCGCCUUACAGCAUGAUGAACCUUGUCAGUACUCUCUGCGUCUACGCUGCAAUAUGCAAGCACGAAGGUUUGCCUUUGUUAUUCCCCGGUACCAAAGCGGCGUGGGAAUGUUAUGCGGUCUCAUCGGAUGCAGAUUUGAUAGCGGAGCACCAGAUAUGGGCGGCGGUGGAUCCGUAUGCGAAGAACGAAGCAUUUAACGUGAACAAUGGGGAUGUUUUCAGGUGGAAGCAGCUGUGGAAGGUGCUGGCGGAGCAAUUCGAGAUAGAGAGGUAUGGCUUUGAAGAGGGGAAAAAUGUGGGAUUGUCGGAGAUGAUGAAGGGGAAGGAGGCAGUGUGGGAGAAGAUAGUGGAGGAGAAUCAGCUGCAGAAGACGAGCUUGGCGGAGGUGGGUGGUUGGUGGUUUGCAGAUUUGAUUCUGGGAAUGGAGGCGAAGCUGCCUAGCAUGAACAAGAGCAAGGAGCAUGGAUUCCUGGGGUUUAGAAACUCCAAGAAUUCAUUUGUUACUUGGAUUGAUAAGAUGAAGGCUAACAAAAUUGUGCCCUGAGAAAGUAGCUACUUUUGGUGUGGAGAAAUUUCUUUUUCUUGUUUAUUUUUCUUUAUUUUAUUUUAUUUUUAUUAUCGACUUCAGACUACUGAACACUACAAGUAAAGGUAAGAAAAGUUGUGCAAUAAUACCGUAAAUUUAUACUUAUAUCAAUGUAAAUUACUUAUAAAUUGUUGAUUGAAUAAGAGGAAUGUUUUUUU